UGUAAACAACGUAAUCGAACUGUGGCGCUGAACAUUACGGACUGACACCUGGCGAGCAUGGUGCGCGCUUCCACUUUGUUUUACGUGGUCGGAUUUGUAAUAAAAGUGUUGUGUUUGGAUGGGACUCUGUCGGAACCGGCUUCGGAAGAAUCAAGCUGUGGAUGCGAUAAAUUGAAAAGAGCAACGACUCUGAAUGAACACGCACCAUUCGAAGACCCGGCUGAAAAAUACUCAAGAAGUGUAAAUGGAGAGCCGUUACAUGAUUUAGGAGAUGGAAAGUCGUCAAAAAGCCAGAUGGUGCUGAUUUCUGGAGGAGAAUUUCUGAUGGGCACAGACAACCCAGGCAUCCCUGCAGAUGGUGAGGGUCCUCAGAGGCCGGUCCAUGUGGAGUCCUUUUAUAUGGACAUACAAGAGGUCACAAAUCUGCAGUUCCAGAGCUUUGUGAAUUCAACAGGCUAUGUGACUGAGGCUGAAAAGUUUGGAGACUCUUUUGUCUUUGAAGGAGCUUUGAGUGAGAGCGUCAGAAGUCAGAUUGAUCAAGUGGUGGCUGCUGCCCCCUGGUGGUUACCAGUCAAAAACGCAAACUGGCGACAUCCAGAGGGACCAGACAGCAACAUUGCAGAUAGGAUGACGCAUCCCGUUCUUCACGUGUCCUGGGCUGACGCCGUUGCUUAUUGUUCCUGGGCCAACAAGAGACUUCCCACUGAGGCAGAAUGGGAGUAUGCUUGCAGGGGUGGCCUCAGAGACCGACUUUACCCCUGGGGAAAUCGAUUGAACCCAAAAGGACUUCACUAUGCAAACCUCUGGCAGGGGGAGUUUCCAAACCAUAAUAGUGGAGAGGACGGUUACAUCAGAACAUCUCCGGUGAUGUCCUUUCCUCCGAAUGGUUUUGGACUGUAUGACAUGGUGGGAAAUGUGUGGGAAUGGACUUCAGACUGGUGGACUGUGCAUCACUCCACCAGCCGGCAGCACAACCCUACCGGUCCUCCUUCUGGUGCAGACAAGGUAAAAAAGGGAGGAUCAUACAUGUGUCACAAGUCUUAUUGCUACAGGUACCGUUGUGCAGCACGAAGUCAGAACACGCCAGACAGUUCUGCCUCUAAUCUUGGCUUCCGCUGUGUCUCUCAAGAACUAACAUGAGAGGACGUACUGGAACACCUUCCCUUCACCCACCCAAACUGGACACAUUAGAGGAAAUCUUAAUGUUUUUAAGAGCGGCACUGGUCAAGGAGUAGAAGUUGGUCAAAUGAUAUCUUUUAAAAAUAUUAAAUACAUUGUAAAAUACAAAGUAUUUUCUCUUUCUUUAAGACAGUGGGCAGCAGUACUGCAUCGAAAUACUGAAUAAGUAUGUAUAAAACCGUCCACCAGAGGUCAGCACAAACUAAUACGUUCGUCAGAGCUCGUCCAGCCAGACCUACUCUCUAUAUAGUUUUGCAAUUCAUUUUUUGCAACCAUAAUUAUUAGCUCAGUUACAGAUUAUGGACAGUCCGUUUUUAUACUUCUCAGGAAAUAUGUCAUCGACCUUUACGUUAGCGUCUAUAUGGAGAAAUUAGAAGUACAGUACAUGAAACCAGAAGAAAGGACACGUGCCGACUGUUUGUCCCUGUAACAAGGAGCUUUAACCUAGUAUUUGACUCAAUGUCAUGCAUUUUAAUCAGAAUAGUCAAAUCUCUGUCUGUUUUUAAAAGGAAAGGUUUCAAUUUUCAGAUCGACAAACUUUCUCCCAC